AUGACCUCGUCAUCGUCGAGCUCCUUGUCCUCGGACACCCGACAUUCAACCCAUUCAAACAGUCGUUGGCACGCGCCGCCGUCAAAUACAAGUGGGAAAGAUGGACCUGCAUGGCCAGGCGGUAGCGGUACACCAAGGGGCAUCGAAGCGGACUCCAGGCAUGGUAGCAUCGACGAGAACUCGCCCCUCUUGUCCCCCGCGGGCGCAGAGCAGGAUACCUUGAUUGGAGGGCGCACAGAGCGUGAUGAACACGACGACGAACAGGACGAGUUCCAGAAGACCAAGGGCUUCUGGUACCUCAUCCUCUUGACAAUAAGCAUUGGAGGACUGCAAGUCGCCUGGGCCGUCGAGCUCUCCAAUGGCACACCGUACUUGCUGUCUCUCGGCCUGACCAAGUCUCUCAUGGCCCUCGUGUGGAUCGCUGGUCCCAUUACCGGGACGCUGGUCCAGCCCUACGUUGGCAUGUUGAGUGACAACUGCAGAGUUCCUUGGGGGAAGCGCAAGCCGUUUAUCCUCGGAGGAGCUGCUGCUACAGCGUCGGCCCUGAUGUUCCUGGCCUGGAUUAGAGAAAUCGUUUCGGGAUUUCUGGGCUUGUUCGGGGCCGACCCUGAGUCGAAAGGAGUCAAGACGACCAUCAUCGUCGUAGCCGUCAUCUGGAUCUAUGUCCUCGACGUGGCAGUCAACACAGUUCAAGCAUCCAUUCGGGCUUUCAUUGUCGACUGUGCGCCAUCCCAUCAGCAAGAAGCUGCAAAUUCUAUGGCUAGCAGAUUCGUCGGCGUUGGUAACAUAGUUGGGUACAUCGCUGGCGGUACCAACCUUCCGAAGUAUUUCUGGUGGUUCGGAAGAUCCCAAUUCAAGGACCUAUGCGCUAUCGCUAGUAUUGCGCUGUGCUCUACGGUGUUGCUAAGCGUUUCGGUCAUACACGAGAGGAAUCCUCAGCUCGAAGGCCGCCCUGCCGAGAAGAAAGCGGGUGUGGGGACAUUCUUCGUCAAGAUCUUCGCCUCGAUCAAAAAAUUGCCGCCGCAAGUCGCUAAAGUCUGCACCGUGCAGUUCUUUGCCUGGGUUGGAUUCUUCCCCAUGCUAUUCUACACGUCUUCGUACAUCGGCGAAAUCUACGUCGAACCUUUCCUGGAGAAGAAUCCCAACAUGACCAAAGAGGAGCUGGAUGAUCUUUACGAGAAUGCUACCCGCGUGGGCACCCACGCACUUCUGAUAUUCGCCAUCACUAGUCUUGUAACGAAUGUGCUACUCCCCUUUUUCAUAGACCCAACUUAUGACAACAAUCCCGUCAGCAACGCACCUGGAGAAACUCCUGGGGUACUCAACGACGACGAUUCGGGUGUCAAAACGUGGUUAAAUCGGCUGGUAAUUCCCGGUUUGACGCUCCGGAGAGCAUGGCUGCUGUCCCAUUUCCUCUUCGCGGGCUGUAUGUUUUGCACAGUUCUUGUGCGGACAGUUGAGGCCGCAACCGUGCUCAUUGGCCUUAUCGGCGUCUCCUGGGCUUUGGCGCUGUGGGCGCCUUGGGCGAUCAUCAGUGCCGAAAUCAGUCGUCGCGAUGCCCUGCAUCGAACUCGACAACAACAAUUGAGGCCCGUGAGCCGAGAGGGAGAGUCGGACGCUUCGCCAUCCGCUGAAUCGUUCCUUGAUCAAGAACGCCGUCUUCAGGACCCCGAGGACGAGCCAGACCAGGCAGGCGUCAUCCUCGGCAUCCACAACAUGGCCAUCGCAUCACCACAGAUGAUCGCUACUCUCGGUUCAAGUGUGAUCUUCGGCUUUUUCCAGAAGGAGAGAGGUGUCCCAGGCGACCACAGUAUCGCUAUUGUGCUAGCUUGUGGUGGGUUUUUCGUUCUUAUUGCGGCAUACUUCGUGUACAAGAUUCAAGAUGGUAUGUCGACACCGGCCGACGCCGCGUUUGCUGCGGAGGAGGGCGAGGCAACCGCCAUCGGACCUGCCUCUCCAGUAAACAAACGAAGCAUGGAUACACCCCGUCAGAGCAUGGAACGAGCCACACUGGCUAGGAGCAGCAGUUAUGGUGCUGGAUUAGAGUAUUAG